AUGAAUGUCUACAUCGAUGAACAAGCAUCCGCGUUCAUACAGGAAGUGAUUCCUUUACCGGGCUCUUCUCGACCGUCGGUGUCCAAGUGCAUCACCAAUUCUCACGCCCCACUUGUGGAAGCACGACUAGCCGGCGAAGGCACCGCAAAGCAUAACUCAUCCAAAUCUCUGAUCGCAACGUACGUGGGGCCCCAACUGCAGUACCAAUCGCAUGAAAUCAAGCAGCAAGGCGACACGCAUACCCUUGACAUCGCAAUGCCGUUUGUUUGCACAAUCCGAAAAGACAGUGACUCGGGUAUCAUAAUGACACAGUUGAGCUCCUUGGUCCUGGGCGUUCUAUCAGGUCCGAAUAACUCGCGUUUCAGAGCGGCGCAAUGGGUUGAUCGCGAUUUACCUAGUCAGGGGAUUGAUGAUUACGGUGUUUAUGGGCGGCCGGAAGGCCAUGAGGCUAGUUUAGGCCACUACUCUGUUUCCAAUAGAGGAACGUUUUCGACGGAAGGGCAUCGUCCUAUGGGGAUUCUCAAGCGGACAGACAACGCCGAGACCUGGCUUUGCGGCGACCGGAAGGAUAGCGUCUACCUCGCUGCUGGGGGUCCAGUUGAGACCGAUCAUGACUGGCGGCAGAACCUUUUCCCAGGCCUGGAGAUUACUACCGUACCCGUGGCCCUGUGCCAUGUGCUAGACAACUACGAGAGGGCAUUUGCGGAUAUGACACAAUACCGGCGACAGAUGCGGCGGAAGCACCAGGAUAACAAUCGGUGGUGGGACGACAUUGGAUUGUGGGAGCCGCUACUUUCACAUCUGAUAGAAACUGGCCUUUCUCCAGGCCUUUGGAUCGAACCCGAGGUGAUCGGGGUGCGCAGCAUUGUUGCUAACCAGCUACCAAACGAAGCAUUCUUCCGGCGAAAUGGCCAGCGUAUCAUCGAAAAAGGUCGUUACCAGGCACCGAUAUCAAUUGUUCAAAUUCUUGGGUCGGGUCAACUGGACCACAAUCGGGCGUAUCUGCACUGGGUGGGCGAGCUAUAUGACCGAUUCACUAAUCUUGUCAUAGAAAAUUGCUCAAGCAGCGCUCAGCGAAUGGACCAUGCCAUGUUAGCCGUUCAUACCCUACAGUCAACGAGUGAUCAACAGGAUCCCGAUUCCUACGGGGCGAUUGCUGCCGCUCUACCAACAACCAUGACUCCCGAGCAGGGUGCCAUCUGGGCAUAUCCUCAACCGGAGUGGCACGAUGAAACAAAUGCGAUGACAGUCGUCAAUAGUCUUGGACGCAUACAUCUAAGUGGGCGGUUGGAUAUCCUGAAACCACACCAGUUUGGGCUUAUCAAACAGGGCAUGGAUAUCUAUCGCAUUCUAGCCCCUCGGACUUCCUCCUUAGCACGAUGACUAGACUGGGGAUGACGGCGCAGACAUCGG